CCCGCAGCCCCGAGGCGGAGCGUGCGCGCCCCCGGCAGGCCCGGCCCGCGGCCCCCAUGGAGGGCACCGUGCAGCUGCUGAGCCGGGAGGGUCACAGCGUGGCCCACAACUCCAAGCGGCACUACCACGACGCCUUCGUGGCCAUGAGCCGCAUGAGGCAGCGGGGCCUCCUGUGCGAUAUCGUGCUGCACGUGGCUGCCAAGGAGAUCCGCGCGCACAAGGUGGUGCUGGCCUCUUGCAGCCCCUACUUCCACGCCAUGUUCACAAAUGAGAUGAGCGAGAGCCGCCAGACCCACGUGACGCUGCACGACAUCGACCCUCAGGCGCUGGACCAGCUGGUGCAGUUUGCCUACACGGCUGAGAUCGUGGUGGGCGAGGGCAACGUGCAGACUCUGCUCCCUGCUGCCAGCCUCCUGCAGCUGAACGGUGUCCGGGACGCCUGCUGCAAGUUCCUACUGAGCCAGCUGGACCCUUCCAACUGCCUGGGCAUCCGGGGCUUUGCCGACACGCACUCCUGCAGUGACCUGCUCAAGGCUGCCCACAGGUACGUGCUGCAGCACUUCGUGGACGUGGCCAAGACCGAGGAGUUCAUGCUGCUGCCGCUGAAGCAGGUGCUGGAACUGGUCUCUAGUGACAGCCUGAACGUCCCUUCCGAGGAAGACGUCUACCGCGCGGUCCUCAGUUGGGUCAAGCACGACGUGGACGCACGCAGGCAGCACGUCCCGAGGCUGAUGAAGUGUGUGCGGCUGCCCCUGCUGAGCCGAGACUUCCUGCUGGGUCAUGUGGACGCCGAGAGCCUGGUGAGGCACCACCCCGACUGCAAGGAUCUGCUCAUCGAGGCCCUCAAGUUCCACCUGCUGCCCGAACAGAGGGGCGUCCUGGGCACCAGCCGCACGCGGCCCCGGCGCUGCGAGGGGGCCGGCCCCGUGCUCUUUGCCGUGGGCGGCGGGAGCCUGUUCGCCAUCCAUGGGGACUGUGAAGCCUAUGACACGCGCACCGACCGCUGCUACGACGGGACCUCAGACCUGGCUACCGUGGAGUCGUAUGAUCCCGUGACCAACACGUGGCAGCCCGAGGUGUCUAUGGGCACGAGACGAAGCUGCCUGGGUGUGGCUGCCCUCCAUGGGCUUCUGUACGCAGCCGGCGGCUACGAUGGGGCCUCCUGCCUGAACAGUGCUGAGCGCUACGACCCGCUGACGGGAACGUGGACGUCUGUCGCUGCCAUGAGCACCCGGAGGCGAUACGUGCGUGUGGCCACGCUCGAUGGGAACCUGUACGCCGUGGGCGGCUACGACAGCUCCUCGCACCUGGCCACCGUGGAGAAGUAUGAACCCCAGGUGCAUAAGGCACCCCUCACGGUCACCUCCCCCCGUGCUGCCCGGGCUCCCACGCGUGUCCGAGACGCCCAGCCCUCCCCGUCCCGGCCCGCCCUGGAGAGGGGCUGUGGGGGGAAGGGUGCCCGAGGCGGGGCUGCAUCCAGCACGGCCCCUUGCCCCGCAGGUGAAUACGUGGACUCCUGUGGCCUCCAUGCUGAGCCGGCGCAGCUCGGCAGGUGUGGCGGUGCUGGAGGGCGCCCUGUACGUGGCCGGGGGCAACGACGGCACCAGCUGCCUCAACUCGGUGGAGAGAUACAGCCCUAAGGCUGGCGCCUGGGAGAGCGUGGCACCCAUGAACAUCCGCAGGAGUACGCACGACCUGGUGGCCAUGGACGGCUGGCUGUACGCCGUGGGGGGCAACGACGGCAGCUCCAGCCUCAACUCCAUCGAGAAGUACAACCCCAGGACCAACAAGUGGGUGGCCGCGUCCUGCAUGUUCACUCGGCGCAGCAGCGUGGGCGCCGCCGUGCUGGAGCUGCUCAACUUCCCACCGCCGUCCUCGCCCACGCUGUCCGUGUCCUCCACCAGCCUCUGACCCACCGGCCGGCCGCAGAGGCCCUCGGCCUUCCACAUGCCUUAAGGGGGUGCACGGCCCCACCAGGGACACCCCGCGCCGCGUGUCCGCGUCUCUGUGUUCGUUCUUGUGUCCGAUUAUUUAUUCGUUAUUUAUUGAUGGGCGGACAGCACUGCAGCCGCCCGCUGUCCACGCAUUUACUCUGUACGGCCCUCCUGUGCGUCACCCCUGCUCUGUGCUUCGGGGGUACCCGCAGUGAAGCCCUUAUGGGCUCACGCUUCUCGGGGGACCCAGUGCCCCCCUAUGUUGGUGGAGCAGGAGGGGCAGGGGCUUUCCCAGCAGGUGCAGACCCCAGUCUCCCCACUCAGCACACGGCUCGGGAAGGGCGCAGAGCAGGCUUCUUUCCUGUGUCCCUGUCUUUUGUGGACCUUGUACUAGGCACACGCGUGUGCACACAGACCAUACACAGCAAUAUGAGCCGACUUGAACAAUAAACGUGUGUCCUGGGCUCCAGGG